AUGAAUUUUUUUAGAUGCAUAAUUGUGACUCCUGAUAGACCAUCACAUGAUAUUGCUGACGUCUUAACCGCUCUAAAUGCACAGCUAAUUCGUACUAACAAUGGUGCAAAACCGGACAGUUCUGACUCUCAUUUUGCCUAUGCCAAAAUCAUAGCAAAAGGAAUUCCAAACUCCUAUUUUCUGGACGAGAAUGAAUGCGGAGCAAAUGCUCUAACUCACUAUGAAACGACAGCUAACGAGAUCUCAACGGCUCUAAAUGAUAUUGAUAUGGUCAUAGUGCCAAUACGGACUGGCGCUGCUCUGACUGGAAUUUCUAAAUUCUUCAAACAACAUCACCCUAACACCAAGGUUUACGGUGUUCGUAGUCAUGAUUCCACAUUUCCAACCAUACCCGAACUUAGCACUGGAGAACAAUCAGAUAUUGCGGAUUUCAAAGACGUAGCUGGAAUUGAAGAAGUCACGGCCAAGGAAGCAUUCUUGAUGGCACGCAGAUUAAUGAAGGAGGAAGGAUGCAUGGUUGGUCCAUCAUCAGGUGCAGGAGUUUGUGCAGCUUUCAAGCUCGCCGAAUCCUUGCCCGAAGGUCGCAAUGUCGUUGUUGUGGCCCCUGAUGGCAUAAGAAACUACAUGAAUCAAUUCAUCGAUGAUGAAUGGCUUAUCAAAAACAAGAUCAUUACCGAAAGCGAGAAGAAAACCAUCACUCCAAAAGAGUAAGA